GGAGAAUAUGGGUAAAUUAUGUGUUCAAUAAUUGAAUUUUAACUCAUUUUUUUAAUUCACAGUUGACUUUUUAUUCCUACAACAAGAAAAUAAAUUAUUAAAAACAAGCCAAAUUGGGUUUAAAUUUGCAUGGUUCUAGUGAUUUAACCGAACCGAAUGAAAUUUAUGAGAUGCGAAUUGAUUUUAGAGUCAAAACCAAUCCAGUAAAUAUUUGCCUUCCCUCAAAAACACAACGACGGGCUUUUAAAUUGGCAUGGUUCUGGUAACUUAACCGAACCGAAUCUUGAAUUUUAAUGAGGCUCGAGUUGGUUAUAAAGUUAAACCGAGUUCGUUAUAAUUUGCCUUCCCUCCCUAAAACAGAGCAAACCUAACGAUAAAAGAAAAACCUUUCAAGAAAAAUCUCAGAAAUGGCAGGCGAUCUCUUCCGCCGUAACAGACCUUUCCAUCUCCUCGAUGGUUUCUACACCGAAUGGUCCGAACACCUAACCAAACGCUGCAUCCCUCUCUUCCGAGAUUCUCCUCCUUCCGCCGUCACUAACGGCGCCGUCUUCAACGACUUAAUCUCAUACUACGACACUAUAGACCACUACGCGAACAGAGACACCAUCUUUUACUUCCUCUUCCCCUCGUGGCACGUAAACUCGCUCGAGACCUCGAUCCUCUUCCUCGGCGACGUCCAUCCUCAUCUUUUCAUCAGUCUCAUCCAAUCUUUGAGAGAUCCGAAUCGCAACCACUUACGUCUUGCCCCGUGGAGAGGCUUAGCGUUUCCGGUGAACCACUUCGUCGAUGACGUCAAGAACGAUGUUAACAAGAGCGUCUCUCGUCUGCUAAGUGAGGUGAGGGAAGCGCAGGAGGGUUACAUACAAGGCUUCUCGGAUAACUGGGUCUCGUGGUUUCAUUCUCAGCGUGGGAGACAGAGUGUGACGGUUAUGGAGACAGCGGCUUCAGUGACGUUGGGUGAGGAGUUUGUGAGAAUCUUCCGUGAAGCGAAUCAGCUGAGGAAGAAUACGAUCUUCAACAUUGUUAAUUUAUCAGACGAGAAUCAAGCGGCUCUCUUUCUUGAAGGCGUAUGCGAGUUUCUUGCUGGGUUUAGACAUCAGCUUGCACAUGUACCGGCUCAGUUUUUUCUUAACCAGGUUUCACCACAUUAUCCACUUGCUUAUCAGCAAAUGAUGCAGCAGCAGCCUGAAGGGUUACACGAUAUAUGCGUUUGGAACAUAGACCUGAAUGUCACGCGUGAUAUGCUACGAGAGACGUUCAGACGUUAUCCUUCGGUUAGGGAGGUACAGAUUGUGAAUGACACUGGACGUAGCCAAAAACAUGGUUGAGAAAAGGCGUGCUAUUCAGGAAAUGAACGGUGCUAUGCUUUUAAAAAAGCCAAUGCAUAUUCGUAGUGCAGCUCACAGCAAUAUCUAAUUAAAACGGUUAAUUUCUAGAGUCUCUUUGUUUUUUUUUGUAAAGGGUUUACUUCUCUCUUAUGCCUAAUUAAUCUGUAAACUGAACCAGAAGAUUCUAUCAAGUGAGGGUUUGUUUCAGUUACCAUUUUAGACGGAGUCUCCUUCAUAUGUGCUCAGGGUAAAUUUGUGAAAUAAAAUAUGAUAAGAGAGUGAUUUUAGUACAGCUUAAUUAUAUGGAAAAAUAAUAAUCAGUUAAAGAUAUAUAAAACUAAAAGAUGAUUAACAAAGAUUAUAUGAUUG